AUGGGAGACCUCUGGGAACAGCAGAACUACAAGAGGAAAACAGAGGCGGCUAAGAAGGAGUACCUGAAAGCCCUGGCCGCCUACAGAGCCAGUCUGGUUUCCAAGUCUUACAGCGACCCGGCAGAGGGCAAGUGCGUACAGACGAGCCAGGCGUCCCCUCACAUGAUGCCAGCCAACCCGCCCCUGUACAGCGUGCCCCCCCAGCCGUCGUCCCCGUACUUGGGCCCCGGGGCCUUUCCUCUGAGCGACCUGCAGAGCUACACAGGCCACGCCCCUCGCCACGCCCUGUCGCAGACGCUCAGCCAAUCACAGAUGCUGCCCAGCAUUAGUGCCUCUCCUCCCUCCUCCUUCCAGAUCAGCCCGCCUCUGCACCCACACCAGCAGCUCUCCCUGCACCAGAGCUCGCUGCUCAACCAGCCAAUCCGCAUGCAGCAGGUCCAGUCCCAGCCAAUCAUCUCCCACCAGAUGGGGCUGCAGGCCUCGCUCCACUCCCCGCCUCCUGGACAGCAGGGUUACUCUCACCUGCAGUCCGAGUAUCAGAAGAGUAUCGGGGGUUCCCAGUCUCCAGGGGCUCCUGGCUCAGGUCCAGGGGGUAUCGCCCCGAGUCACGACUGGGACAGUGAAUACUGCAAUCGAGAGUGUGGCAACCACUGCAGUGGCAGCAUGAUAGGCAGGGACAAGCCUCUCUACCUCACCUGA